ACCAAAGAAUUAAAACAUGAAUUUGUACAUAUAAAAAAAUAAAUUAAAAAGAGAAUUAAGAAUUGCAUAUCCAUUCUGUAUAAUUAUUCAAAAGUGAACAAAGAAAUAAAAAACUAACACAAAAUGCUCCAUCAUCCCGCCACUGAUUUUUAUGACUUAGCCGCUGCAAAUGCGGCUGUACUGAACGCACGACAAACGCCUCCCUACAGUCCAACUAGUCUGAGUAGUUCCAGUUUAACAAAUAACAAUAACAGCUUAAGCAGUAAUAACAAUCUGGAUAUGUUGGGACACAACGGCGCCGGUAGUGGCGUCUCCAAUAACAACAAUAACGUCCACAUGGGCAGCAAUAGUGGAAGUAGCAAUGGCGCCGGCGGACGUGAAUCUUUGCCUAGCUUUGGAUUUACACAGGAGCAAGUGGCUUGCGUUUGUGAGGUCCUGCAACAAGCUGGUAACAUUGAAAGACUGGGUCGAUUUUUAUGGUCAUUGCCACAAUGUGAUAAACUGCAAUUAAACGAGUCUGUGCUGAAAGCAAAAGCCGUUGUUGCAUUCCAUCGCGGACAAUACAAGGAUCUGUAUCGUCUGUUGGAACUUCAUCAAUUCUCACCGCACAAUCAUACCAAACUUCAAAGCCUCUGGUUAAAAGCGCAUUAUGUAGAAGCCGAAAAACUGCGCGGAAGACCGUUAGGUGCUGUUGGUAAAUAUCGAGUACGUCGUAAAUUUCCACUGCCGCGCACAAUUUGGGACGGUGAAGAGACGAGUUACUGCUUUAAGGAAAAAUCUCGAUCAGUAUUAAGAGACUGGUACGCACAUAACCCAUAUCCAUCGCCACGUGAAAAACGUGAACUAGCAGAGGCUACCGGACUGACAACUACACAAGUUUCCAAUUGGUUCAAAAAUCGCAGACAGCGCGAUCGGGCAGCAGAGCACAAAGAGUAA